GAAGAAGAAGAAGAGAGAAAAAAUAGACCCCUGGCAAGAGAGAAAAGCUCGCACUUGAGCUUCGGGCCUACCCAUCCCAUAUAAGCCACCAUUCUCCCCCUUCGGAUGCCCAGUGCCGCGUUUCUCCUUCGUCUCAUCUUAUCCAAAGUCGCUGUUCAUUGUGGCGUCAUAAGUCCCUUCCCUUGGUGCUUUCAUUUUGCUGUCGAGCCUUGACGCAUCAAUACCUUGUGUUCGUUUCUCGCAUUUCCAGUCUUUGGUUUCGCACAUUAUCGUUGUAAACAUAAUAAGGUUGGCGAUAUGGCGCAGUACGGCCCCUAUGUUCGACUCUGGGGCAUCCGCCCGUCACAACUCCCUGCAGAGACCGCGUCAGCUCAAGACCUCGUCCCAUUCCUCCAGUCCAUCCUGAGCGAAGCAGUUCCUUUCAUCAGCUCAGUGCCCCUACAAUCUUCCUCCUCGUCAUCAUCAUCAUCCUCCUCCUCAUCGGGCAAAUCGAACAAGUCCAGCCAAGGUGGUGCUGGCCUAGACGGCCCCUGGAAGCCCAAGGGAUGCAGGGCGUUCCCUCACUCCGCCGCGCCGGUGCACAUGUUUGAGCGGGUCGUCUCGGCCGAGGACCUCAAGCUCGCGGCCAAGAGCGACAAUCUCCCGCAGGCGUCUUCUUCUUCCGGCGCCGCGCCCAAGUUCCGGCCGGAAACGUGGAGCCUCCGGCGCAGCGUCCACGAGGGCGCCAGGAAGGCCGGCACCGCGGACUGGGACGAGUGGAAGCGCUGCUUCAAGGACGAGCACGCCGACGCCGAGAUGAAGUUUACGCCCUCGGUCAUGGACCACGCGCUCAAGAAGCAGUGGGAUUGCACGGGCGCCGAGGUCACGCUCGGGGGCGACACGUACGAGGACCUGACGCUCAAGCUGGAGGAGUCGACGCACAAGAUGCCCGCGCCGCUCAACAACCGCGUCUUCCCCGUGCUGCAGCUGACGGCGGCGGUGAGGGGCCGGCGCGAGUUCAUCGUCGUUCAGAUCGCGGCCGUGCCCGAGUCUUCCAAGGCGGAAGAGCAGAGGCCGGAUGGGGCGGUCAGGGGCGCGUACACGAGCAUCGAGCGCUUCCGGGAGGUGGACGAGCAGGGCAACGUCGAGUGGCUGAUGGGGACGGUGUCGGAUGCGAGGGGCGUGCUGCCGGCGUGGAUCCAGAAGAUGGCGGUUCCGGGGCAGAUUGCAAAGGACGUUGACAUGUUUCUGGAGUGGAUUGCAAAGGAGAGGGAGGGCAACCCCCCCAGGCCCUUCGCUGACGCAGACGCCGUCGCCCGCAUAACCGUCGAACUCAACGUCCGCACCGUCAGCGCCCAGACAGAGCGCCUGGAAGAGGAGCUCGCCGCCCUCGCGGAGUACAUCGAGGCGGACAAGGAGUUUCGGGAGAAGCACGACAAGCGGCUGCAGAACCUGUGCAACGAGAUCCUCGCGGUGAAGCAGCGCGUGGUCGAGAUUCAGGGGCCCGAGUGGAACGAGGGCGGCGGCGGCGGCGGCGAGAAGGCCGAGGCGGGACAGAAGGAGGUGGACGAGGCGGUUGAGCGGCUGAGGAGGGAGAUGGGCGAGAUGAGGGGCUUGGUCAGUGAUAUGUCGAGUGCGCUGGACAAGCUCCCGACGGCGGCGGAGGCAGAGGCUUUGGUGAGGCGCUCUCAGGCUCCGGCUUCAGCGAGCAACGGGGACGCAACGCAAGCACCUGCUAUAGAUAAGGCCUCGGGAACCAAAGAGGCACGAUCCAUCAAGCAACGCAUCGAAGACACCAUCGCCUCCACCCGCCGGUGGAACAGCGACCACAAGACGACCAAGCUCACCGACGCCGUCUUCAUCGCGAAUUACCUCAAGCAGCAGUCCAAGCGCGAUCCCCAGAUGGCUGUCUACAUGCAGAGGACGAUCCAGAAGCACGUUCAGAACAGCGGUAGGCGUCCGCGGACAAGGGCGCGUCCAAAGAGCCUCGAGCAGUUUUGCAGGAUGCUGGUGUGGAAGGACGUGCUUGAUACGGCGGAAAUUGUGCUCGUGAGGGAUUGGAGAAGGACUGCGAGGGCGUUGGAGGAGAGGGGUUGA